AUGCCAAUGAUUAAAGAAGUAAUGUUUGCGGCUAGCACUGCCAAUGCAUAUCCAUUCUAUAACAUUAAGGACAAGCCUUCUGAUAGUGGUUCCGCUGUUUGCGCAGUAUGUGGUGAUGGACACGCAAAAUUACAUUAUGGUAUCUUGGCCUGUUACGGUUGCAAAGGAUUUUUUCGAAGAACACUUACUGGAAAAUACCGAUAUGUUUGCAGAUUUGGCAAUAACUGCAUUGUUGAUAAAUAUCAGCGGAAUAGUUGCCGUUAUUGUCGCUUUCAACGAUGCUUAGAAGUUGGGAUGGAUCCUAAAGCUGUAAGACCCGAUCGUGAUCUAACCGGCAGACAACGAGUUCCACGUUUACGUAAACGACAGAUUGAUGAAGAAUUACUGAACCAUGUGAUGCGAUUGCAAGAUGAUGAUUGGUCACGGAAGCUACCUGUUGAGUCACGUGUAUUAUUAAUGCAGCUGAUGAAUAUCGAGUCAAAAGUUGCACAGCGAGAAGAAGCAUCAUCAGUUGUUGGAAAUGUUUCGAAGAACGCAGCCAAAACUACGUCUCUUCGCGAGUUAUUCGAAAAAAGGCCAAUUUUUAAUAGUCGACAAACUGAAAUGCGAUACGAACCGCAUAGGAUGGUUCAAGUUGAUGAACUACCUCAAAUUGCUCAUGGGAAAGCGGUUGCUGCAGUUGACUGGGUUCAUUCUUUAGCUGAAUUAGCCGGUAUUACAAAUACAGAUGACAAGGUGGCUCUUGUUAAGUCAUGCUACUCAUCUCUAACAAUAUUCAAUUUCUCUGCAAGAACUGCUCAAAAUACUAGUAACACUGAAAUACUAUGCCUUUGCAAUUUCUCAUAUGUUCCUAGAAAACUGCCAAGCGGAUGCAACCAAGCAAAUCACUUAUCUGAAGACUUGGUUGAUCGGACAUUGAACGAAUUGGUGGCCCCGUUGAGGAAGUUGAAUAUAAAAGAUGAAGAAGUAGUACCACUCAAAGCAGUCAUUAUUUUGAAUCCAAAUGCAAAAGGUUUAUCAAGAUCCACGCAACAGGUUGUUUCUGAUCUUCGAGAUCGCGUACAAGAAAUGUUCUUUCAAGUUGUUAAGGAGUUACAUCCCAUUCACACAGCUAUUGCUCGAUUUGGCAAUCUGCUUCUACUGUUACCCACAAUCAUGGCGUUAGCUGGAAUAAUGACUGAGAAUCUACAAAUUGUACGGGCUUUGACAAGACAUGAAAAUACAAACAACUUACUCGGCGAAAUAUUUGAUGAAGUAUGCGUCAAAUUAGAUGAACCUGUUACUUCGACUUCAUCACCUAUAUUAGAAAAUCCUGCAGAAAUAUCGUUACAGUGUACCAGUUCAUCAAAAUCAGUAUUAAAUAUUACUGAAGAUAGCAAGAUGAACAGAGAUAAGUCUAAAAUGGAUUCAAGUACGCAAACUGAUCUAGAUGCAACCUUUAAGAGAUCCUUAUCAAGCAUAACUUUGUACAAAACACUCACUUCACCCUGCCAUAACCUUUUGGAUGAUGAACCAACAGACUACUCACCUCCACCAGAUUACAAUGACUGCAAUGACCUAUUCUUCUUAAUGGACGAUAUCAGAUAA